UUUAUAAGAAAACACUGCACUUAUUUGCACUCUGUACAUAUACUUGCUUAUAUAAAUAUGCUUCUGAUUUUAUAGUAGAAUCAGAACGUGCAGUAAUUGUUCGUUGAUCAUAUAGCAGUUAAUACAAGGAAAAAUCCAUCUGAUUAAUGCUGCAUAGAGGCAGACGAGUCCGCAUUGUAAUCAAGCCGCUUGCAGCAUUGUCAUGCGCAAACUGUCUAUUCGGUGUGACUAACAAAGUUUGAGAAAUAUAAAGAUUACACACUGUCUGCUUUAAUGAGGUACAUACCGCAAACUGGAACGCUGACCGCGGAUUCUGUAUGCGGCUGCAGCUAUGCGCAUGCGCAAAACAAGGGAAAUCUGCGUCAUUGCCUUUUAUCACACAUUAUGCAAAAUACCGGCAGUAGAAAUUCCCUCUUAGUGUGGGGUAAUUGCACAUGCAAAUCACCGAACAGUCCGUCAGGACAGUGGACCCACCCUGCCUCAUCUUGUAUCCAGGGUUGCCAAUUCUCACCCAUCUGCGGUGACACUCGCAAGAAAUCUUACGGCAAAUCUGUAUUAUUCCAUUACAAACCUACAAUUAGCCACAUCAAAAGCGUUGGGGUAGUUCGCAAACCCUGCAGACUAUUUACACUGUAAUAAAACUGUUGGAUACAUAUAAAAGCAUGUGCAUGUGUGUGCAGAAUUGUCUAGAAUUGAAAAUCCACUCCAGCCAGCUGACCAAAGCUGGCAACCCCGUGUACCAGUCUACACUACUGCCGUCUGUGGGCGGCAGUUUACGUCCAGCAUAAAGUCACAGUGACUUGUAGGUGUGGCUACUCUGCUUUCCUCCAGUGGGAAGGCAGGCGUCCUGCACCCGCGGCCGUUCAGACUGCCACUGCUUUGCCUCUCCCAAGGCAUCACCCAUGACGAUUUGGCUUUAACAUUGUCUAAGGUAAAGGCAUGCAGAAAAUGCCUGAACAGACCUACCACUAUUUCUGUCUCCAAUUAGAAUGAGCCCUGGGGCGUUUGGGCCGCGUUUAACCCAACCUGUUCUUUCACAUGAAAACACUGAAAAAUAUUUUUCUUAGUUAAGAGCGGUUAAACUGUUUUGGCAUGCUUUAAAUGCUAAACUAAGUACCACGAAUGUGAAUAAGAGAUGCUAUGUACAGUCUGUAAUGUAGUAUCAUUCUGGGUUAUAAGUGUCACCAUACACACAGUGUACUGGUGAUUGGAAGGUCAUGGUGUUUAAAUCCCUGGCUGACAGAGUGAUGUCACUACUGGACCCUUGAGAAAGACCCUUAAUCCCUGCAGAGCCUGUCUGACUGCUCUCUGAUUCUCACUUGUUGACUCCCAUCCUGGAAGGGAUGAUAAUCACUUUGGACAAAAUUUGGUUGCUAAAUAUAUUUCUAUUCUCAGGAGUUCUUGUAUUUCCUUGACUAUAAUUCUCCAGACAGCAUUGCUUCUAAAAGUUCAAAAGAAAUUAUCUAUCCGUAGCACAGGGCAUCCUGUAACAGAUGUUCAGUCUGGGUGCGCUCCAUCAUCAGCCCGUAAAACUGGCCCGCACGUGUCUCCAUCGGGUGGGUUAGCCGGUCGGGUUCCUCUCUGUAGUACGACUUUCCUUUCCAGGUGACAUGUUGCUUGGAACGGCCUUUGGCCCUUAGAGCCUGGCUGGUAGAGUGCACUUGGAUGGAAGUCUGUAUUAACUCUCAGGAGGUGUAUAGACGCUAAUCCUCAAGGGGAUCUAUGCUAAUCCUGAAGGUGGUCAAUACUAUUCCUCAAGGGGGUCUAUGGUAAUCCUCAGGGUUAUGUGUGGGGCUUAUAGUACAUUUGAUGAUACAUUUGAGACUCCAAGCAUGAAUCCCUGAAUGGUGUGGCGUCAUCAUUAAUAUCCGAUUGCCUAACCAGUACUAAUGACAGGUGUUCUGUUUUGGGUAACCUGUCGGCCAUGUUGCCUGGAAUUGCUUUGCGGUCUGCCAUGCUCCCUAACCGCGGGUGUUGUGUAGAAGAGGCAGACGAGGUUGUGCAAGAGGAGGAGGAGGAGGAGGAAGAAGCCCCGGAGGGUGAAGAUGCUGAAGGCGAGGCUGCUGACGAUGGAGCACGCGGAGGAGGCGCUGGAGAAGAAGCUGAAGAUGGAGGAGAGGAGACGAAACCCAAGCCAAAGCCGUUCAUGUUACCUAACCUGGUGCCUCCGAAGAUCCCAGAUGGAGAGAAAGUUGACUUUGAUGACAUCCACCGCAAGCGGAUGGAGAAGGACCUGAACGAGCUGCAGACCCUGAUCGAGGUUCACUUUGAGAGCCGCAAGAAGGAGGAGGAGGAGCUGAUCAGCCUGAAGGAUAGGAUCGAAACACGCAGGUCUGAGCGAGCCGAGCAGCAGAGGAUCCGCAGCGAGAGGGAGAAGGAGCGGCAGAAGCGCGUGGAGGAGGAGAAGGCCAGGAAAGAGGAGGAGGAGGCCAAGAAGAAGGCCGAGGAGGAGGCCAAGAAGAAGAAGACCUUGACAAGCCUGCAUUUCGGCGGCUACAUGCAGAAGACGGACAGACGGAGCGGCAAGAAGCAGACCGAGCGGGAGAAGAAGAAGAAGGUCCUCAGCGACAGACGCAAGCCGCUCAGCGUUGACCACAUGGGUGAAGAUAAGCUCCGGGAGAAGGCCAAUGAACUGUUCAAGUGGAUGUACCAGUUGGAGGCCGAGAAGUUCGAGUUGCAGUACAAGUUCGCGCGGCAGAAAUACGAAAUCAAUGUCCUCAGGAACCGUGUGAGCGACCACCAGAAGACCUCCAAGAGAACCAAGAGAGGACUGAGGAAGUAGAAUCGAGGGGGUGCAGAGACGCCGAAGAAGGAUGAGGACACUCCCCCCCCCCCCCCCCCCCCACCCCACCCCGGCUCCCCCAUGUACAUGAUGUUGCGUUUUCACUCCAGGAACGUCUUCCUGAAAAAUAAAAUUCCCAGAGUGGCCGAGCAUGUACGAGCAAAUCACAAUCGCAAUCUCCGUUUGGGCCUAGAGCAAUAGCGUUUUAUUCUGUUACACUGCUCAACAGUAAUUUCCGGAUGAUGUAAAAAGUUAUGACAGAUAAACAGUGUUUUCCCUGCUUCAAAAUCCCCGUCAGCUUUUACUGCUGAACAUUGUCAUCAGCCGCUGGACCAUAUAAAGCUACUCAAGCAGUACAACUCCACGGGGCUGAACGUGGUGGAGGCAGAGAACAUCAGACUGGCAGAGAUUUAAAAUGAGGCUCUAUUGGCCAUUGGCACAUUUACAGGUACACAGAAAUGUGCUUUUUUCCUUCAUAUCCCAUCAUGCUCUCCUUUUUAAAGACACAGACACACAUAGAGGUGAGCGUGAAGCCUGGGGUCUGAGCGUUUGGUCAGCUGUCCAUCCAGCACCCCUGGGGCAUUUUUCAGGGGGUUACCGGCCCAACAAGGAUGUAGCUACUCUGCCAAGCUUGGGAUUCAAACCAGCAACCUUCCACUUCCAGCCAGAGAGGUCAGUGGGUCACCACCCCCAUAGGACUGUUGCCUUUAUGGGGAGGGGGACAUCUGCAUGUGGUUAAAACACAACCAUAAAGCAGGAGCUUGCGGUUGGCGGUCGUUCUGUUCGGCGCCAGCCACUGAGCUCUCCUGAAACACAAAGUCCGCUCUCAUGCCGAACUUCUACAUUUCCUCCCAUGCCUCAGUUUAAAACUCAGUCUCAGUUUAGUCUGGGUGAACUGCAAGAGCUAAACGCAGACAAAUAGCAAGAGUGUGGCACCGUGAUUGGGCACGUGUCCAGGAGUCCCGCCCUCCUGAGAAGCAAACUGGGUGUUUCUCAGUGCUAAGACCGUGGUACUUAUGUAGGGGGGAAACUUGACACGAUAAGACUUGAAUCGUCCUCAGUGGGACACACCCAGACAUUCACUGGGCAUGAACAAUUAUCCCACAUUGCUUACCGUGUAAAAACAUACCCGUUUGUCUUCUUAACAAAGAACCAGAUAUACCCAAA